AUGGUUCAUCAGCGUGGUUUACUAGAUCUUCCUGCCGAGCUGCAAGUACAUAUCGCCGCAUACCUUGUGGCCGGCGUCGAGUACGCUGAAUCUGCACCGAAUCUACUCCAUCUAGCACUCACCUGUCGUCGAUUGGCACCAGUCGUGCGGGAAGUGCUUUGUUUAGCUCCAGUCUUGCAGUCCAGCAAAGCCCACCUACUGCUCUACUUCUUGUUCAAGUAUCCCAACUUGGCAAAGACGAUCAAAAGCCUAACAAUCGAAACCAGGGAAACGUGGGAAGCAAAGACAUAUCCGGUACCUAUUCCUCGUCUUGAGCCAGACGUACUGGACCACUGCAAGCGACACCUCAGAACCCUGCCCAUCCGCAAGUGGACCCAGGACACCAUAAUCGCCUCGCUGGACGCAGCUCAUUUCAAAGACCAUGGGCUCCUACUCAGUCUUAUCCUGACACUGGUCCCAGGGCUCAAAAAGCUAUACCUUGGCGGUUCCAUACUCCUCAACUUCCCCAUCUUCCACGCCAUGAUCUUCAGCGAGCCCGAGGCUCCAACAAAGCCCGACUGGACCGAAGGUCCAGAUUUGAGCUGGGUCGUGGCACUAAUCGGACCCAAGCUCACCGCGCUGGAACUCCCCAUAGACUUCCGUCGCACGGUGGAAGACAGCAUAUGGUGGCCGUCGAGCAUAUCGCAGAUACCCGAGUUCUUCCCCAAUCUGCGCUGGCUAAGUCUUCCGCACAUGGCAGCCACCAAGAGAGCGAGGGGGUCAUGUUGCGACAUGAUUCCGCGCAGUCUCGAGGCCUUAGUUCUGACAGACGCCCGAUGCACCUGUUUCGAGCCGUGGUCCACAAGGCUUGUGGACGAGGCGACGGCGACAUCGCUGUUUCCCGCUCUCGCGAGAAUUUCACUAUACCACCGCUACGCCACCGCGCCCACGCACGACACCGUCACCACAUCACUCGCACACGCGGGUAUCGAGGUACGCGAGUACGUCCCAGACUGCUGUCUGCGAUCCGGCGCCGAGUUCCACCACCCGUGGAAGUACACGCCAGCCGAACUCGAUGCGCUGUCGGAUGCUCGCCACGCCGGCUACGCGGUUGAGCGGGAUCGAGCCGCAUUACAAUGCGGCAGUGAUGAAGAGUAG